ACCACCCUGUGACACAUAUGUGUAUCACAUGGUGCCAUAUAUGACACCCAAAUCUUAUCAUUUCUGAAAAAAGAGGGAAAAAGAAACGAUUGACGAACUAUGGGAUGAUUAAAGCAACUCAAGGAAGCGUGUCUAUGGAAGCUCAGUGGUUUGUGAAUUCAGGAACUAGGGUUGGAAAUGGAUGGCCUCUGAACCGCCAUUUCCAGAGAAAUCGGAAAGCCGCUCAUUCCGUUACUCUGUCGAUGCCCAGCCGCCGCCGAGUUGUUUCUCGUCGGCGGCUCACCGUUACGGCGGCGGCGGUUGCGGAGGCGAACAAGAGUGCGACGAAGGCGGAAACUCCGGUGAGGAUAGUGGCGAUUGUUGGUGAAGGAAGCAUUAGUCCCUUAAAAUCCACUCCCUGGGAAGAAGUUAUGCUUCAUACCGCAAAACGACUAAAAUGGAUCGACGAAAGCUACAAAAUGCACGUCUUUGCUGAUAGGUUCUGUGAUGCAACUCAUCCAGACACCAAAAACAUUCAAAUCGUUUGCAAUGCGGAUAUUUUGGUCAUUGUUGCUGUCACGAGUAAAGAUUCAGUUGUAUGGAUACAAACGAACUGCAAAAACGUCCAAAAUAUAAUCUGCUUCGACUCUGCAACAGAGUUCGUUAACAAAUUAGGGGGGUUAUCCUUCCCCAGUGAAACCGAAAGAAAUGUACUGGGAAACAUUUUUGGAAAUUCUCAGGUGUUGGAGAAAAGAAAGAAAUCUGAGGAAGUAGUGCAGACCGUAUUUGAGGCUUGGGAUCGUCGUAAUUCGGACGAUAUACGGUUCUGUUUGUUGGUAAUAAUCAAUGCAUAUAUAAAGCCUGUUCCUAUAUUGAAGAAUCUAAGAUCAAAAGGCUUUUCAACUCUAAACUGCAUGGUAAAGAAUUGUGGAAGGCAAAUAUUAAAUUGCUUGAUGGAUCCUAAUUGUAGGAAAGCUCUUCAAUGCUUGAAUAAGUGCAGCCCUGUGGAUCAAGUGUGCAACUACAGGUGUAUUGCUUCCUAUGAAAGUCCAAAUCUUGAAGCAUUUUCAUUAUGUGUGCUGCAAAAGAACAAUUGUCUCGAGUUGGAUGCAAAAGUUCCCGAAAAGCCUUACGUGUCUCCAAUGGAGAAAUUUCGAGGGAAGGACCUAUGUCACGAAACAGCGGAGGAUCUUUUUGUUGGUUGGUUAGGGAAUUUGGAGUGGAGUUGGCGUGUGGUAGCUGGGCAGAACCCAGCUUAUGAUCAAUUUCCAUGUCAAUACCAACUGUUUUACAGGGGGAAAGCGAGAGGAUCGUUCUGGUACGAGCCUGUUUUCAUGGUGAAAACAUUGGAAGGAAAGAUGGUGUGGAGGCGACGAAGAUAUCGAGUAAAGAGGGGACAAACUGCAGGGACAUUCUUGUUCAGUGUGCUGGAUAAUGGUGUUGUUUCAAAUGAGUUUUGGAGUAUUGUGGAUGUAUGUGAUGAUCUAUCUUGGGGUUUGUUUCAUUAUAAAGGCGCUGCUCGAGCUGCGGGACAGUCGUAUACGGGCGCUGUUCUUGUGAGUCCAGAUGGUUCAUACCCUCAGAAUGAUCAUCAAAAAGAGAGAGUGGUUGCUGCUUUGGAGAAAUGUGGAAUUAAAGAGUGGGAGCUCUUUGCAGUUGAUAACUGUUCAUGUAUUGAUCCUCCUCUUGGAAUUCCAGACGGUUCAACUUUGCAUUCUGUGAUUCAGGUUAAAUGAAACUAUGAGAGGGAAACACCAAUUAUUCUUUUACCCAUUAAAACCUUAGGCAAUGGCUUCCAACAA